AUGAGCUCUGCACUGCCGUACGACUCGCUGUCAGCUCGGCCGAGUCCCAGCAGACGAGCUCUGGACUGGGAGCGUGACCAGUUAGCUGUGCGAAGACUGUCCUCUCCACAGGGUCUCAACCUACUCACUCCUCCUCCUCUUCCUCGCCGACCCUCUGCCAUCCCUGGCUACCUGCUGUCACCCUACCAAGAGCAGGAGGAGCAGUCCCACCAACAGCAGCAGCGACUAUCCUUGUCUAUGUGCUCAGAGGCCUCCCUGGCUCCCCCAGCACCUCCACCUGUGGGUACUCCCCCACCCUGCUGCCGCCCAGUGGGAGUCAUGCACCUCCUGCGCCUGGGACUCCUUGCUUUCAGCUGCCUUUUCUGGGCAGCCGGCUUGGCCCUCUUCACCCUGGGUGUUUGGGCUCAGAUUUCACUGGCAGACUUCAUGCUGUUGUCUGCCAAUCGCUACCCCAAUGCCCCUCUCAUCCUCCUGUCCACAGGUGCCGCCGUCACCACUUGGGGCUUUUUAGGGUGUCUCGGGGUGGCUGCAAACCUGCCUUGCGUGCUGAGGGCGUAUGGGUUCUUUCAACUUGCUGCACUUAUAGCCGGUUUGGCAGCGGGACUCUCAGGCCUCUUCUACCGUGAAGAUAUUGCUGGAGGAUUUCGCAGUGGCUUACAGCGAGCGGUGGCCGGCUACACGGAGGAUGAGGGCCGUGCCGAUGCUCUAGACAGCCUGCAGAGGGCCCUGGAGUGUUGUGGCGCUGAGGGUUGGCGUGACUGGCUCACUUCAGAUUGGGCUUCCCAACACAUGACCUUCCUGCCUAAUGAGAACAGUUCCUCGGUGUCCCUGCCGGACAGCUGCUGUGCGAGGCGCAAGGGUUGCAAGAAUCGUCCUCUUCUGUCAGAUGAUAAUGACGAAGUAGUUGCUGCAGGAAUCCAUCCACACGGCUGCUUCCGUAAAGUCUUCAGUUUGGUCAACGACAACGUCUUCCACAUUGCUGCCACUGUGUUGGGAUUAGCCUUUACCCAGAUUGGAGGCAUUGCCCUGGCUUGUCUGCUUGCCAACAAACCAGCACAAAGACAUCAUCGUCGUGUAGUGGCACAUUAA